UGCGUCCCGAGGACCAGCGGUCAGCGGACGGCACUUGGACUGCAGGUUGGUGUUGUCGCGCGAAGUAGCUUGCGCCAGGGCUGCAAGGGAGUGACGCUGCAGCCGAAUCGCCGGGGCCGCUAGUUCGCCCGUCGAAACAAAUGCGCAAGAAACUUGAGAGCAGCAAACACCUCGUCGCCGUCCCGUUAGCCGCACCACUACCCAACCACCAUGGCGCCUCAGCAGGCCCUCGUCAACCUCUCGCCGGCUGAGCUGUCGUUCCUGCGCUCCACCCUCUCCCAGACGCCGCCCAUCCGCCUCGAUGUCACCAAAGGGCCCCGCGACUUUCGCUCCAUGCGCGCCGAGUAUGACGUACUGCCCACCGCAAACGGGAGUGCGCGCAUCGCCCUCGAGGAUGGCACCGAGGCCCUCGUCGGCGUCAAGGCCGAGGUGGAGAGGUCACGCCAGCGCCCGACCCUGGGAGAGCCAGAGGACGUAGACAUGGGCGACAGCCAAGAGACGGACGACACCAAGGGCAAGGGCCAGAACGCGUGGGUCGAGAUGAGCGUCGAGGUCCCAGGCUUCCGUGAAGACGACGCGCUGCCUGUGUUUCUGUCUUCCAUGCUCACCGAGAGCUUGCUUGCCAGUGGAGAGCUAAAGGACCGACUGUACAUCAAUACACGCUUCCACUGGAAGCUCUACGUCGACAUCCUGCUGCUGUCACCCCCACUCUCCUACCCGCUCGCCCUGCUGUCCAUGACCACCCAUCUCGCCCUGCUCACCACGCUCCUACCAGCUCUCAAGUCGGAAAGGGACGAAGACCCACUGUUCAACGACGACUGGGAUGCCGCCGUGUCUCUAUACCCCAAGCAGGCUGGAACAAACAAGACUGCUACCCAGCUAGGGAAGCCUCCAGUCAUCAUUAUUGCCAUGGCAGUAGGAUCAAACAUCAUCUUUGACCCGGCCAAGGAGGAACUCGCAGUAGCAGACGCAGUCCUUGCCAUCGCAUGCACAAACUCAACAACAUCAUCCACAGGCGCGCGCAUCGUCUCGAUACGCACCAUCGACCCCCCGUCCCAUCUUACUCCACCCGGCGUGCCCAACUCGAUGAACUCAGCCACCGGCGGUACAGCUCCCACCUCCAGUGCCGACGCGCUCACUCAACGCGAACUGCUGGCGACCUCGGGCGUUUGGACACCACCCCGAGGCGGCAUGAAGAGAGGACUAAUAUCGCAAGUCACAAAGAUGGUGGUGGAAAACGGAGGAGUUGCCGAAGAAGUCAUCGGCGCAUUGGCUGCGAUUGAGGUCGGCUGAAGAGAGCGUGAUGCAUGGGUAACAUGCAUUGACCUUCAAUCACGGACUCGGUGGGCACUUUUAGAGACUUCGUGCCAGACCAGGCUUAUCACGUCCACGAGUAAGCCAAGAGGGAUCCUAGAGGAUCUUCGGGAGAUUUGGCACAAUAGUCGUCUCAAGACGAGCGUGCUUUGCGCCGCUCCAUACGUACUGCAGUGCUCUGUUGUCGCGUUGAGAGAUAAUUUUUCAAGAAUAAGAAUAUUGGUUUGUAAAGCCAUGUAACCGUAGAUCAAUACAACGCAACAUACCAUCUUGAAA